UUUCCCCUUGUGUCCGCCAUAUUGGACUCUAACUCUGGUCAGCAGCGGCGCCGGGCCCGGUGGACUCGCUGUCGCUCCCGCCAGCGACCGCCCCGCAGCUCCCGCCCACCCCGCCCUCCUCGCCCGAGAGGCGACCCCGCGCCGCGCCCCCGCCCGGCCGGCCUCAGCGCCCGCCGUCGCCUCCGCCGCCGCCCUCCCUCCGCCGCCGUCGCCGCCGCCGCCGCCGCCGCGCGGCCCCGUGCCCGCCCGCCCGCCGCCCGCGCCCCAUCCCGCCCGCCGCCCACCCGCCCGCCAUGAGCCCGGCCGACGCCAAGCGCGGGCCAAGCGCCGGAAGAACAAGCGCGGCGGCGGCGGCGGCGGCGGCGGGUCGGGCGGCGGCCACGGCGGCGCGAGCGGCGGCAAGGCCGGCCCGGCGGCGGCGCUGCGCGGCCCCAGGCCCCGGGCCCCGGCGGCGCGGCGGGCCUGCUGGGCGGUGCGGUGGCGGCUCACGGGCCCCUGGGCGCGGGCGGAGCCGCCGGAGGCUACUUCGAGACUCCUUUUAGUUUUGGCAUGAAUCAUAGGACACCACCCUACCCCGCUGGGGAUUAUUGUCUUCUAUGCAGAAGUGAACGGAAAGACUCUUCAUUCUUAGAGAGUGGAGUUAAGACUUCGAGCAAAUUGGCCCUUUCUAUGGCUCCCAAGGGCAACAGUGUGCUGCACCUGCCGCUGUGGGUGUGCCCAGACUGCCGGAGGACCGUGGAGAAGGAGGAGAGGCACGGCGGCCUUGACCAGCCGCAGGGCCAAGAUUUUCUUCUUCAUUCACCUCUGGGAGGCUCCCAGCCGGAGGCCAGUGGUGCCGGGAGGUUGGCCCUGGGUGCUCAGACUCUGCCCUCAGCAGGUCUGGGCACCACACCUUCAGAUACCACCUGCUCGUGCGAGGCCUGCAGCGAGCGCAGAGACAUCUCAGCAGAGACGGACCGGGAACCACAGCAGCUGCAGAACUACUGGUCAGAAGUGCGCUACAUGGUCCGCUGCAUAUACCGCCAGGCAGGGACCCCGCUGGCAGAUGACCAGGACCAAUCUCUGGUGCCCGACAAGGAGGGAGUGAAGGAGCUCGUGGAUAGACUCUGUGAGCGGGACCCCUACCAGCUGUACCAGAGGUUGGAGCAACAAGCCCGGGAGUAUGUACUGGAGAUGAAAGUCCGCCUGCUCCGACAGUUGUCGGCUGCAGCGAAGGCAAAGGUGCCAUCUGGCUUACAGGGCCCGCCACAGGCACACCACUUCGUCUCCCUCCUCCUGGAGGAGUACGGAGCCCUCUGCCAGGCAGCACGCUCCAUUAGCACCUUUCUCGGCACUCUGGAAAAUGAGCACUUGAAAAAGUUCCAGGUGACGUGGGAGCUGCAUAAUAAACACCUGUUUGAAAAUCUGGUCUUUUCAGAGCCACUUCUCCAGAGCAGUUUGCCAGCACUGGUGUCACAGAUCAGGCUAGGAACCACCACGCAUGACACCUGCAAUGAGGACACAUAUAGCACGUUGCUGCAGAGGUACCAGCGCUCUGAGGAAGAGCUGCGCAGAGUUGCUGAGGAGUGGCUGGAGUGCCAGAAGAGGAUUGACGCCUAUGUGGAUGAGCAGAUGACAAUGAAAACAAAACAGCGCAUGCUAACAGAAGACUGGGAGAUUUUUAAACAAAGGAGAUUCAUUGAAGAACAGUUAACUAAUAAGAAGGUGGUUCCUGGUGAGAACAACUUCACAGAUGCCAUGAGGCAUGUGCUGUCUUCCCGGCUCAGCAUGCCUGACUGCCCCAACUGCAACUACAGGAGAAGAUGUGCUUGUGAUGACUGCAGCCUCUCACACAUCCUCACUUGUGGUAUCAUGGACCCCCCCGUCACUGACGACAUCCACAUUCACCAGCUACCACUCCAAGUGGAAUCUGCUCCCGACUAUCUCCCUGAGAUGCGCCCACCUAGUGUGUCGUCAGCAAGCUCAGGGUCGGGCUCCAGCUCUCCCAUCACAAUUCAGCAACAUCCCAGACUCAUCCUCACAGACAGUGGCUCUGCACCAACUUUUUGUAGUGAUGACGAAGACGUCGCAUCGUUGUCAGCUAAGUUUGCUGAUAUUUAUCCACUGAGUAACUACGAUGAUACCGAGGUGGUGGCCAACAUGAAUGGAAUCCACAGCGAAAUGAAUGGUGGUGGGGAAAACAUGGCCCUGAAAGAUGAGUCCCCUCAGGUAAGCAGCACCAGUAGUAGUUCUUCAGAAGCUGAUGAUGAAGAAGUAGACGGCGAAAGUAGUGGGGAGCCUCCAGGACCCCCAAAAGAGGAUGAGACCCUAGAAAAUGGGAGCCCCAGGACGGAGGAGAAUAAAGUGGACACUCCACCCCCAUCCUACCCAGCUCAGCAGGCUGAACAAACUCCAAACACUUGUGAAUGUCACGUUUGUAAGCAGGAAGCUUCUGGGCUGACGGCAUCAGCAAUGACGGCUGGAGCCCUACCUCCUGGCCAUCAGUUCCUGAGCCCAGAGAAGCCCACACACCCUGCGCUGCACCUGUACCCCCACAUCCACGGACAUGUGCCAUUGCACACGGUCCCGCACCUGCCUCGACCGCUCAUCCAUCCCACUUUGUACACAGCGCCCCCCUUCACACACAGUAAGGCUUUACCACCAGCACCUGUUCAGAAUCACACAGAUAAGCAUCAGGUGUUCAGUGCAUCUCUUCAAGACCAUAUUUAUCCGAGCUGUUUUGGGAAUGCUCCAGAGUGGACUAGUUCUAAAUUUUUAAGUCUUUGGGAAUCAGAAGUGAUGAAUGAUAAGAACUGGAAUCCUGGCACUUUCUUGCCAGAUACAAUUUCUGGGAGUGACAUUUUAGGGCCAGCACUCUCAGAAACAAGACCUGAAGCUCUUCCACCUCCACCUAGCAACGAACCACCUGUGGCUUCCGAUAGCAAAGAGAAAAAAAAUGUCACAAAAAAGAAAUGUUUGUACAAUUUCCAAGAUGCUUUUAUGGAAGCCAAUGAAGUUGCCAUGACAAACACAGUCGCCAUGGCCACCUCCUCAGCCACAUCCUCAGUGUCGUGUACAGCCACCACAGUGCAGUCCAGCAGCAGCCAGUUCAAGGUGUCCUCCAGGAGGCCGCCUUCCGUAGGUGACGUCUUUCACGGCCUCAACAAGGAGGACCACAGACACUCGGCACCUGCCGCCCCAAGGAACAGCCCCACAGGCCUGGCCCCCCUCCCAGCCCUCUCUCCUGUCGCGCUCUCCCCAGCCUCCACACCUCACCUUGCAAAUCUUGCAGCCCCAUCAUUCCCCAAAACUGCAACCACAGCUCCUGGGUUUGUGGAUUCACGCAAGAGCUUCUGUCCUGCCCCUGUGGCUCCCCCACCCUCCACCACAGACGGCUCCGUUAGUGCCCCACCCAGCGUCUGCAGUGACCCGGACUGCGAAGGCCACCGCUGCGAGAAUGGUGUCUAUGACCCCCAGCAGGACGAUGGGGAUGAGAGCGCAGAUGAGGAUAGCUGCUCUGAGCACAGCUCCAGCACCUCAACCUCCACCAACCAGAAGGAGGGUAAAUACUGUGACUGCUGCUACUGUGAGUUCUUCGGACAUGGCGGGCCUCCAGCUGCACCAACAAGUAGAAAUUAUGCAGAAAUGAGGGAAAAGCUUCGCUUACGUCUGACCAAGAGGAAAGAAGAGCAACCUAAAAAAAUGGAUCAAAUCUCAGAACGGGAAAGUGUUGUUGACCAUCGCAGAGUAGAAGACCUUCUGCAGUUUAUAAACAGCUCAGAGACCAAGCCAGUAAGCAGUACUCGGGCAGCCAAACGAGCGAGGCACAAGCAGAGAAAGCUGGAGGAGAAGGCACGCCUGGAAGCUGAGGCCAGGGCACGGGAGCACCUGCAUCUCCCGGAGGAGCCAAGGCGGCGGGAGGAGGAGGACGAGGAGGAGGAGGACGAAGAAGAGCAUUUCAAGGAGGGAUUUCAGCGGCUUCAGGAGCUUCAGAAGCUAAGAGCUGUAAAAAAGAAGAAGAAGGAGAGGCCUAGUAAAGACUGUCCCAAGUUGGACAUGCUUACUAGAAAUUUCCAGACAGUGACAGAGUCUGUCCCUAAUUCUGAAAACAUCCACAAUGGCUCACUAGAGCAAACUGAAGAACCAGAAACCUCAUCUCACUCCCCUUCCAGACACAUGAACCACUUAGAGCCCAGGCCAGGGCCAGGAGCUGCCGGAUAUGCUGUUGACUCCAUGGACCCCAGAGACUCCAAACUUCUGCUCCCCAAGGAGGUCAAUGGGAAGCAACAUGAGCCCCUCGCUUUUCUCCUUGACAUGAUGCACCACCACAAGGAGGGGAGUGGGAAGCAGAAGCUAAAGCAGCCCGCUAAGGCUAGCAGCGAGCCAACCAGGAAGCCUGCAGAGUCGCCCAGAGCCACGGAGGGGCAGCCCAAGCCCAGGCUGCAGACUGAGUCAAAGGCUAAAGUGGUCGACUUCACGCCCCUCUCAGAGCAGAAGAGAGAGGAGAGGAAAGUCAACAGUAACAACAAUAACAAAAAGCAGCUGAACCACAUUAGGGAGGAGAAAUCAAACCCUGUCCCUCUGGAGCCACCCUCUCCUGUCCAGCCUCAGCAGAACGGCCGGCUGAUUCUGGCCGAUUCUCCUCAGCCAAAGGGCAAGAACAAGAAAAGCAAGAAGAAGAAAGGAGACAGAGCCAGCAGUUCAAUUGAUGAUGUCUUUCUUCCUAAAGAUAUCGACCUAGACAGUGUGGACAUGGAUGAGACGGAGAGAGAAGUGGAGUACUUCAAAAGGUUCUGCUUGGACUCCGCUAGACAGACCCGACAAAGACUGUCGAUCAACUGGUCCAACUUCAGCUUGAAGAAAGCCACUUUUGCUGCACACUGAAUGAGGACCGCGUGGAGAGGGACGCGCGGGAGGCAGCGGGCUGUGCCACCCUGAGAGCCAAGCCCCUCAUUGGCCCCCAGAACUGCAGCGCCCAUACAGGGUGGGAUGAUGCAGCCUGCGAUCCCCCAGACCGAAAACUCGCUGCUCGACCCGCGUUGUUAGCUCGUGUGCGUGUAGUCUGUGAGUGAGACUUCCUUGAUUGUAGCUCUGUGCUGUCGGAACGGAGCAGUAGUCCCCGCCAGUUCCUCCCACCACUGUGGCCUCAGAGGCCUGGGCUGUGGCCAGAGACGAGUUUGCACCAUCCACGUGGCUCCGUCGCCUCUGCAUCUUGCCCUGUCCUGUCAUCUGUCCCUCAGCUCCCGUGUGCCCUGCGUCCCACCUGAGGCGGGUUGGGCAGGCAGGCCUCCUUCGUUCUCCUCCACAAUCUACUGUUUCCGAGUGUACACGUUGCGCUGUUUGUGUUUGAGCCCCCUGACUUGUAGCCAGCUUGUGUAAGACCCCUUGCAGAAAGAGAACGUUAAAAACAAGAAACCCACCCAGUACUCACACCAUCAAGUCUGUUCUAGAGCGUACGACCGCAUUAACACGGAGGCCUGCCUGGCUACUUUUUUAACAUAUUGUUAAGUGAUAUUAAAAUCAUGUCUUUCUUUUUGAAAGAUGGAAUACAUUAGUACAGCAGGAGA